AUGGAAAAUAUUAUUCAACAAAAUCCAAUUUUAUCUCAAUCGAAUCAAGAUUCACGAUUAAAUCGUUCAUUAGAAACAAGUCAAGUUGUUGCGGUUGCUGCAUCUAUUAAUUUAAAAAAUCUUCUUUCUUAUCAAGAUGUUAUGAAUGCCAUUGAACGUGAUUAUCAUUUACAUGAAGGACAAGAACGUGAAAUAAUUAUGAAAUUAUGGUUAAAAGUACAAACAAUGAUUGCAAUUUUACAACGUUUUAGAUAUUUAUUACAAGAUCUUAAGAUAGAUGAUAAAGAUUUUUCUGAAGGAUUAAAAGUUUAAAAAAAUCUUAUACUUGAAAAUCAAAAUAAUUUUCUUGAAAAUGAAUUUAAACGACAAUUAGAUAAAAUAGUUGAAGAAAAAAAUGAACAUAUUAAUCGACUUAUACAUAUUAUUGAUCAAACAUAUACACGAUCAACUCAAAUAAAUAAUCAUAUUAAUGAUGAAUAUUAUUCAUCAAGUAAAUAA